UGAAAAUCGAUAAAAUGACGAUCAAAUUAUUAAUGGAGUUGGUAAGCCAUCAUUUGACUUUGUGAAGCCAUACAAUAAUAUACCAAAAGCCCUUUUUUGAGGAGAAAACUUCUAUCUUCAGCAAACGCGUUUUUUUCCAAUAUAUCAUUUAAACACUUUUUACAUUCUCUGGCGUUUUCCCAAAAAAAAAAAUUCUCACCAUUUUUUCCUUUAAUUUUCAGCUUUCUUCCUUUUACAUUCUUCGUAAUUCCAAUCUAUCAUAUCGCAUAAACAAAGAAAAAAAAUUCUGGGUUUCUAAUCGAAUCUCUAAAUCUUUCUCUUUCAUUGAAGAAAAAAAUUGAAAAACAUGUGUCCUAUGAGGUUCUUGUUGGUGUUUUUCUCGGCGAUUUUAGCUGGGUAUUUCGCUUGGAGAACGGCGGUGGGUUCAUCGGUUGAUGCGGAUGAUGGGGUUUCUGAAGAUUCAAGGAAAGUUGUUGCCAAAAAUGAACAAGAUUUCAGUUUCAAAAUGAUGGUUAAGAAUGGAUUCUGGGUAUUUGUUGAUAUGGCUAGUGGAAGGUAUUUGUGGAGGAAUUUUAAGGAAUUGAAGAAUGAUGAGAAAUUAAAGAGCUCUUAACAGUUUUUGAUUGAAUUGUAGAAUUAUGUCAAACUAUUUUUUUUUCUUAUUCAAUAUGUAUGAAUGUGUGUAUGAGAAAUUGAGUUCGUUGUUGUUUCCAAAGAUAGGGAAAUUUGAAUCUAAAGAGAUGAAAAGUUCUCAAUUAUUGUAGAUUUACCAUGUUUUAUGAAUGAAAAUUUAUAUAAUUAGAAUCUUUGGUUGAUGAA